CCCCUUCGUCGUCGCCCGCCAUGCCGCGCUCGUUCUACGUGCCGAUUCUCAUCUCGGGCAUGCUCAUCACGGGCUCAAGCAACUCGCUCUGGAGCAAGUGGCAGGACAUGCAAUGCGUCGAGAACUGCAACGACGACGACCCGCGCAAGCACAUCCUGUACGAGCAGCCCGUGUGGCAGACGCUGCAGAUGUUCGCCGGAGAAAUGCUCUGCUUCCUGCCGGUGCUCUACGCCUGGGCUGCCGCGCGCUACCGUCAACGUCGCAUCCAGCUCCCGAGCGAAGACCCCAUCGCGCGAUCCGUAGACGACGAAGACGAUGCCUCAGCGAAACCGCAGCCCGCAGGCCGGGCCCUGCGCGGCUGGGCCGUGCUCCUCCUCUGGCUCCCCGCCGCCUGCGAUCUCACCGGCACCACGCUGAUGAACGUCGGCCUGCUCUACACCCCGGUCUCGAUCUACCAAAUGACCCGCGGCGCGCUCGUCCUCUUCGUCGGCACCUUCUCCGUCAUCUUCCUCCGCCGCCGGCUGCGCGCCUACCAAUGGCUCGCCCUCCUUACCGUCAUGACCGGCGUCGCCCUCGUCGGCCUCUCGGGCUCGAUGGUCAAGGACGCGCUUCGCGACGAGCCCGAGUCUCUCGAUAACAACGCCGGAGGGACGAUGCUAGACGCCGUCGCCAGGGCGCUGAUCGGGGCCGAGGCACCGACCGGAGGAGAUCUCCCGCCGCCCGAAAAGGUCGAGCGCCCGGAGGCGACCAAGGUCCUCAUCGGCGUCUUCUUCAUCCUCUUCGCUCAGAUCUUCACCGCGACCCAGUUCGUCGUCGAGGAAGUCAUCCUCUCGCGCUACGCGGUCGCGCCCCUCGUCGCCGUCGGGUACGAAGGCCUCUUCGGCGCGCUCUCCAUCCUCCUCCUCAUGCCCUUCCUCGCGCUCUGGGGCCCGUCUUCCCCCUCCUCCCCCUCUCCUUCUCCCUCCACCCCCUCGACCCCUUACGAGAUGUGGUUCGACCUCCCGCGCGGCUGGCACCAGCUCGUCGACACCCCCAGCGUGCUCUACUCCGGCCUCGCCAUCGCGCUCAGCAUCUCCCUCUUCAACUUUUUCGGACUGAGCGUCACGCGGCACGUGUCCGCGACCGCGCGGAGCUUGACCGAUACCUGCCGGACGCUCACCAUCUGGAUCGUGUCGCUCGGCUUGGGAUGGGAGAAGCUGCUGUUCCCGAUCAGCUUGCUGCAGGUGUCCGGGUUCGCGCUGCUCGUGUACGGCACGUUCCUGUUCAACAACCUCGUCGCCUUCCCGAUCAAAUCUCUCCGCCCGCCCCCGGACGCGCCCGAAGAGGCGGCGGAAGAGACGGAAGCGCUCCUCGACGAGACCGCGACCCUCCCCGCCGACCUCGGCCAAAGCGGGUUCGACGUCCUCCCGCCGCACUCGCCCGACCACGCCAAUCACCCCCCGAGCCGGUCGGGCUCCCAGCGUUUGGCGGGGGCGAGCUCGGGAGGGGCGGAGGCGGCGCGGCCGAGCGAGGAGAGGGGGUUCGAUGUGGCCGGGACGGCGACGGGUCGGUAGAGACCAGCUGAAAAGGUUGAGAGAGGCUCUCUUAUACGGCGACGUUUUGUUGGGUGUCUCUUCGUGUGUUACGUUUCUUGUUUCUUGUUCAUCGUUCUCGAGGUAAUGGAAUGGAAAAGCCUCCCCCCCGGCCGAUUGUGGC